UGGAAAGCGUGGAUCAAUACCUCGAUUCCGCACGAGCACAGCGCCGCUUCCGGUUGGCAAAGAUACCUGUACUCCCGAAUCCGAACUCUAACACUCGCGAAAUCUACUCGAAAAUCUCUUCGUUGUCCCAUCUUGUGAUUAUUCUACGAUUAUUGCUAUCACACAAAAUGUAUUGGGUCCUGUUUCUUUCCGUGGCUGUUACUGUUCAAGCAUUGGUAUAUUUACCUCCACCACUUAAGGAAGAGCAAUUGUUAACUGAUACUCUUCUACGAGAACUGAUCAAUCAAAUGGGAAAUGAACUGGUGGAUACAGCAGAUUCUUAUCUGGAAUAUCAAGACAAACCGAAAGAAAUUCCUAUGGAAUUACCUGCUGACUAUGAUGGUAUAGACACUUUGAACCCUAAUCCUAGCAUUCGCGAUCAGGAGUACUUGCAACAUAGCACGUUAUGGAGUCACCAACGUGUCAAUAAUAACGAUAAGGUGGAUGAUAGACAGAGAAUUAAACCUGGAAGCAUAAAGAAUAUCAAGGAUGAGAAAGAGAAUGCUUUGCCUGCAUAUUGCACACCACCGAAUCCUUGUCCGGUUGGAUAUACGAGUGAAAAUAAUUGUAUCGUGAAUUUCGAAAAUACAGCGGCAUUCAGCCGGGAUUAUCAAAGCGCUCAAGAUUGUAUGUGUGACACGGAACACAUGUUGGAUUGUCCGGUUGACUCCGCAAACAGCAACAGUAUGCCAAGCAUGCACAUCCCAAACUCUAAUUUCAACCAAAUCGUCGAUCAGUUCCAAGCUGAAGAAAAUCCGUUUUUCCGAGGUGAAAAGUUGCCGAUCGCGGCGAAGAAAGGUUUAAAUGUCGUCUAUUAAAAUACCGGGUAUAUUUCACUGGAGACUAUUAAGAUGCAAGGAUUGCGAAACUUUACAGUAUUUUAACAUAUAUCAAAAAACAUCCUCAGUCGAAAGUGUGAUUCAGUAAAAGGAAAAACACAGAGAAACAUAAAUGAAUCUGCAGCUAGAACAGAUUUUAAAUAAUCUGGAAACCUGGUGCUAAAUAAAAUUACAUAAAUAUUUUAAUAUCAUAUUACUAAUUUUAAUGCAGAGUAACGACUUCAAAUCAGUGUACAUAUAUUAAACAAGAGAUAUAUUAAAUAUUCUAAAUGUGUUAUGUUUUUAAGAAAUAUAUAUAUAUUCUGCUGCUAAAAAUUAAUUACUAAAUUUCUAUUAAUCCACAAAUUCUCUAGAAUCUAAAAUAUUAUUGCUGUUUCUCAAAAUAAUAAGUAUUGGCAAUUGUGUUUAUAAAUGUUAGAUAAUUGAUUUAUCUGUAAAAUAUAUUUGUAAUAUCUUCUUUUCGAUAACAUACUUAACAUUUGAGCUAUAUCUCAAAGCUAUAUCUCAAGGUAAGAUAAGAAUUUUAUAAAUGCAUUAUGUACUUAUCAAUUGUACUUUAUUUUCACAGUAAUGUAAAAUCAGGUAUUAUCCCUAUUAUUUACAAUACUCAAAAGUAUAUACGUAUUUUAAAGUGAUGUAUUGCAUUUAUUUCUAUACAUACAAAAUAUGUAAACUAUGUCAAGAGCGUUGAUUUAGCAUAUUAUAUUUUUAUAUGCUAUAUCAUUUGUACAGUUUUUAUAUAAGUUACACAAUUAAUUUACUGCACGAAAUCCAUUAAAAUUUCUUCAAUAACUGCAAAUAUGAAGCAUCACUGCAAUAAAAUUCACUACUAAUAAAUAAGUUAAUAAGUUACAUCAAUUUGAUGUAAUUAAAUUAAAUCAGUUAAUGUAUAGUAAAUUUGGAUUGUCCUCAUACAAAUCGUAUAUUAAAGUAAAAAGCAGCUCAAAAUAUUGAAAAUUCUAUUAUUGCUUCCUAAAACUUUUCAGUAUUGGGUAUAUAUUGUUUAGUGCAUCCUGCAGUUCAGCUCGAUUCUUUGCUCCUAAAAUGUUAUUAUGUGUAUUUAGAAUAGUCUUAAUAAUAAAAAAGAAGAACGAUUAAAAAGCAA